ACAUAUAACGAAGGUUAAGGUUUUCAUACCCAAAGGUACAAUUCAAGAAACGAAUCUGGCAUUACCCAACUGUCAAUUUGUUCACUACUCAUCAGUUUAUAUGCACAGAUCUCUCUCUAAAAAACAUAAAAAGCCUCUAAAAAUCAUUUUUUGCCUUUUUUCUUGUCAUUAUUAGCAACACUUAUAGUGUUUAACCGUUGUUGUUGUGCUUAUCUGCAUUGAGUUCUUCAUUGAUUACUGGUUUUACGUUUUGGGUAUUCAAGAAUUCUACUUUUUUUUCUUCUGGGUCGAAGAUUUCGAGGCCACUGAUGGGGUUUCUUGAUUUAUUGUAAUAGUUUUGGGUAUUCAUCAAUUGGGUUGUCAAAAAGUUGUGAUCUUUGAUUUGGGGUUGUGAGAAUUUUGAGUUUUUUGAUAUGGGUUUUAGAGAAUUUUGAGUUUUUUGAUAUGGGUUUGUGAGAAUUUUGAGUUUAUUGAUAUGGGUUUUAGAGAUUGGACCAUUUAGUUGUCUUUGUGUGAAUGUUUGAUUCAACUGGGCAUGUAGGGUUUUCAGGUGAAUGAGCUGCAAUUUGGUAACUGAAGAGACACAGUUACUUUUUGUUGUUAUAUAGUUUGCAUUGUUUGAUUCUUUUACAAGUAAAUUGGGGUUUGGAUAUUUGUUAGGAGUUUGUAGAGAAUUUGGAAUCUUUGGUUGGUUGUAGCUGACAUGUUUGGUUGGUUUCAGCUAAAUUGGCUUAUGGGAUAACUUCAAGGAGUUAGAAAGAAGUUGUAUACAGAAAUUUUGUUGAUUUUUUUGCUGUAGAACAAUUUUGUUAAUAUGUCUGGUGGAACACCUGUUGGUGGUGGUGGAUAUGUGAGGCAGAGGCUUAGUCAAGGAUAUGGUUCGAGUGGUGAUGAUCUCGAGGAUGAUGCUUGUUCUAGAUUUGUAUCACAAUCACAUUCAAUUCCCAGGAAAAGAACAUGGACUGAAAUUUUAGAGAAUUUUCUUUGGAUUGCUUCUGCAUUAUUCAUUGUAUACUAUGGUGAUCGGCAUCAUAAUUUGAUUUUCCUUUUGUGGCAUGAUGAUCGAAUUAGGAGAAUACCACUAUACUUUGGGAUGUUUGGUGUUGGUUUGAAUGUUUUAUUUUUCAUACAUACAAGUAUGUUGGCUUUGGGCGUCCGGAAGUCCUAUGAGAAGUGGGAGAUUUCCAGUACAGCUGCCCUUCCCUUCAUCACUAUGCUUGGGAUCCUAUCUUUCCUCUUGUUCUGUUAUGCUCUGUGGCCUAUAUGGAGCUUGUUGACCCUUCCACUUGUGUUUACUCUAUUCAUGGCUUGCAUGGUUAUACUGCCAUAUUUGGUUCUCGGUAGAUUCAAGCCGCAAACUGAUUUGCUUCGUACAGAUUAGAUACGUCAUGUUAACAAGGAUAGUUUUACAUCUCACUGACUUAGCUGAAGGCGUAUACAAGUUAUGAACGAUUCAGAUCCAUUCAGUUGUUCAAAGUUCGUUUUUGAAUGAUUAGUUUUGAGUGAAGUAAAUAAUUGUAAGUUUUGAUAGUGUUUCGAAAGUGCAUUGGAUUGUAUAAGAUUUUGGAACAUACAUGCUGAACAAGAGUGAAAUUGUUCCCCUCAUGAACUAUGCAACAUUGUAAUGACUUUCCACUUCUUUUUUUCAUGAUGAUUGGGAAAUUUUUGAGGGU